GACUUUUUUGAAGCUGGCAUUGGACCAAACGUCGAUAUGAGCAGCAGCCAGCAGCAGCAUCGAUUCGAUCACUGAGGAGAGGACGAAGAAGUCUGCAGCCGAAACGUUCAGAAAGCUCGAAUCUUUAGUGGCGGCAGCUGAUUUCGCCAUGUUCGCUAAGCGCCUGCUAGAGAAGGCUAUACAGCACCAUGGCCAUGCUCAGCUGAACGUGCAUCAUGGUAAUUUGGAAUCAAAGGACAUUGACUUUCAAGCUUACAUUCAUUACGGCAUCCCAUCUACGGCAUCAAUUCUUGCUUUUGAUCCCAUUCAGAGACUUUUGGCAAUUGGAACAUUAGAUGGCAGAAUCAAAGUGAUUGGUGGUGAUGGUAUUGAAGGGCUCCUUAUAUCCACAGACCAACUGCCUUUCAAACACUUGGAGUUUCUUCAAAACCAGUGUUUCUUGGUCAGCUUAUCAAAUGGCAAUUACAUUCAGGUUUGGAACCUAGAGAGUCGGAGUGCUGCUUCUUGCUUGCAGUGGGAAUCAAAUAUCACAGCCUUUUCUGUAAUUAGUGGCUCCAGCUUCAUUUACAUUGGCGAUGAGUGUGGUUCGCUCUCUGUACUCAAGUUUGAUGCUGAAGAUGGAAAGCUCUUGCGACUCCCCUAUCAUAUAACUGCAAGUUCUAUAGGCAAUGUUGCUGGAAUCUCAUCUUUAGACCACGGUCCCAUUGUUGGAGUUCUCCAUCAACAUUGUCCUACGGGGAAUAGAGUACUUGUUGCAUACCAGAGUGGGCUGCUUGUUCUUUGGGAUGUUGCUGAAGCUCAGGCUGUUUUUGUUGGUGGGGAUAAUGAUCUCCAAUUGAAGGAGGAAAAAGUUGAUUCCACUAGUGAAGUAUUGCAUAACCCAACGGGGCAAUAUUUGGGAGAGAAAGAGAUAAGUGCUCUUUGCUGGGCCUCUUCUGAUGAGUCCGUUCUUGCUGUGGGAUAUGUAGAUGGAGAUAUAUUAUUCUGGAAUACAUCAAAUGCUUCCUCUCGUAAAACCCAAGAGGCUAAUUCACUGUCCAGCAAUGUUGUGAGACUACAAUUAUCAUCGGAAGAAAGAAGACUUCCCAUAGUCAUCUUGCAGUGGUCUCCAUUAAAAAAAUCUCAUAAUGGGUUGCUUUUUAUCUAUGGCGGUGAUCAAAUAGGAUCUGAUGAACUUUUGACGGUUUUGAAUCUUGAAUGGUCGUCUGGUUUGGGGGUUUUGAAAUGUAUUGGACGUGCGGAUGUUACAUUAGCUGGUUCUUUUGCCGAUAUGAUUCUAACAUCAGGUGUAGGGAUGCCAGGGGGUAAUCACGAUGCCGAUGUCUUUGUAUUGACAAAUCCUGGGAAGUUGCAUUUGUAUGAUCAUGCCUGCCUCUAUAAUUUAAUGUCUCAGCAAGAGGGUAAAGCAACCAUCUCUGGGCUAGAGUAUGAAGCAGUAAUACCGACAUCAAAUCCAGUUAUGACAGUAGCCAAGCUUAUUAAGCUACCCACUGGUGAAUGCUUAAUAACGGAUCUGGUUGAGACUUCCCCAGCUGUGACGAUUCCAAAACCUGGAAAUACUAAGUGGCCCUUGACUGGAGGCGUGCCUGGGGAACUCUCUACUACUAAAAAGCAUAUGAUUGAAAGACUAUACAUAUCAGGUUACCAAGAUGGAUCAGUGAGGAUAUGUGAUGCUACCCAUCCAAUAUUGUCUUCUAUUUGCAUUUUGCAGCGCGAGGUUCAAGAAGUACAAGUGGCCGAUUCAAGUGCUCCUGUAUCAUCUUUAGACCUUUGCAUUUCUACUCUAAGUUUGGCUGUUGGUGAUGAUCGUGGACUAGUCUACAUUUAUAAUCUCAAGAAAAGUACAGAGACUUCAAGCUUUCACUUAGUAACAGACUCUAACCAUGAAGUGCACGCUUUGCCUCAAGAAAGAGAAAACUGUAAAGCUGUUUUUUCCCUUCUCAAAUCACCAGUUCAAGUGCUGCUAUUUGCAAAUGAUGGAAGCAAACUUGCUGUGGGGUACCAGUGUGGUCAGGUUAAUGUGCUAGACAUGAAUUCAUUCUCACCAUUAUUCUGCUCAGACAGUUCGCGUGGGUUUAGCUCUCCUGUCAUUUCAAUGACUUGGAAGUCUUGCUCAAACAUAAGUAAUCUUUUUAAGACCCCAAAGCACAGGGAAACUGGCGUUCCGGUGACUCCUGCAGAUGAAGUUCUGUUUGUUUUGACCAAGGAUGCAAAAGUCUUUAUAGUUGAAGGCAGGAUGAAGAGUUCUGGUUCGCUACAGUUGAAAAAGAAAUCAAGUCCAAUUUCCAUGUAUGUUAUAGAGGUAGAACGGUCAGCUCCAUCAAAACAAGCACCUGAUGAUGCUUCUGCAAAGGAAUCCACACCGGAAGAAGGUCAAGCGCCAAAUGACUCUCACGAUACUAAACAGCCUUCAGAAGAUUCACAUUCUGGAGAUGGCAUAUUGGAUUCUUUUGUCUUAUUAUGUCUUGAAGAUUCCUUGCAGCUCUACUCUACAAAAUCUGUUAUUCAGGGAAAUAAUAAAACGAUAUGCAAAGUGAAACAUGCAAAGCGUUGCUGCUGGACCUCAACUUUCAAGAAAGAUGAGGCGGAAUGCGGGCUGAUUUUGCUGUACCAGACUGGAGAUAUCGAAAUCAGAUCCUUGCCAGAUCUAGAACUGGUGAGAGAAAGCUCUUUGAUGUCAAUCCUGAGGUGGAAUUACAAGGCAAAAAUAGAUAAGACAAUGAGCUCUGAUUGUGGGCAGAUUGCAAUGGUCAAUGGGGGAGAAUUGGCAUUCAUAUCUCUGACAUCUGGGGAAGCUAAUUCAAGGAUUCUGGAAUUUUUGCCCUGUCUGCAUGAUAAGGUUCUUGCUGCUGCUGCUGACGCUGCACUGAACAUCCCUUCAUUUCAAAAGAAAAAGGCUGCUGUGUCAGGGAUUCUCGAAGGUAUUGCUAAGGGUUUCAAAGUUGGGAAAGCAGCCCCAACUGGAGACUCUACUCUGAACCCCAGGUCCACUCUUAUUAAUUUAGAGGCCAUAUUUUCAAAGUCUCCAUUUCCAGAUCCAUCUCCAACUGCAUCGAACAAUCAAGAUGUUCUAAGUUCAUCUCCAAAUACCGAUGACAAAGAACCAGAGCUUAGCAUAGAUGAUAUUGACAUAGACGAUCCUAUACCUUCCACAUCUGCUUCAUCCCAUAAGCUUGAAAACAAUAAGAAUGGAACAGAGAAGGAAAAGCUAUUUGACGGUGCAACGGAUGUUUCUGAACCUAGGAUCAGGACAGUCGAAGAGAUUAGAGCUAAAUACAGAAAAGUCGAGGAUGCCUCUUCAGUUGCUGCAGAUGCACGAAACAAGCUUCUAGAGAGGCAGGAGAAGUUGGAGAGAAUCAGCAGGCGCACUGCAGAGCUGCAGAGUGGGGCUGAAGAUUUCGCAUCUCUAGCAAAUGAACUAGUCAAGACGAUGGAAAACCGGAAAUGGUGGCAUAUAUGAAGCUUUCACAUCAAACACGAUAAGCUUUCUUCUUACCUUUUCUUCAGUUGCACACCCCGAACCUGAUUGGGCGAAUAAGUGACGAUUUAUGUGUUUGUUACGGUAAUAUUCACGUGUAAAAUUACCAAAGGCUGAAAAGCCACGAUUUUGAUUGCUUGAGUCGAAAAAUCUUCACUGGCAAUUCUACAACCCGUAUAAUUCUAUGCA